AUGCCCGACGCUUAUCACCCCGACUUUCCCGCGUCGGCGGCCAACGGCCUCUUCCAUACCCAGGAGGGCGUUCACUUCUCCUUUGACGCGGACCUACUCGGUCACUUCUCCCCUUCUAUCGCCGACCUGGUGAUCCGCUUUGGCCCCCAGACCAAGUUCGGCCGCGAGGGUUCCGCGAUUGGCAUAUCGGUCAACCCCGAGGCCUUUGCACUCAGUCUCACCGUCAUCCGCCAUGCCGUGAACCAUCGCCUCGGUUCCCCCAAGCCCAAGUGGCCCAGUACUGAGAUCCUCUCGGAUAUCAUCGGCUUCGUGGACGGCGACAGCCAUGACAACCUCGUGAUCGGGGCUGACCCCGUGGCCGCGUUUGAUCGCUACGCCUUUGCUUGUGCCAUCAAGUCGCCGUGCAUCAAGAUGGAGCUCGCCGCGACUCUGCCAUUCCACCACUCCCAGAUGUCCAAGUGGGCCAAGACGACUCUUGCUCGCACCGACCCCCUCGGCCUCGCCAACCUCUACGAGGCUCAUCUUGACAAGCGCGACCCGCCCACGCACGACGACGGCCGCUCGAGCAGCAAGCGCAAGAAGGUUAGCGAGACCCGCGAGUCAGUCAUCGCUGCGGUGCUCGAACGCCGGUGA